AUGCACGCGCUGAGCGUCAAAAUGACUUUGGCGGUUGGGCUUCUUGCUCGUCUUGGCAUGUUCUCAACGCACGGAGCCUCCGAAAGUAACACUUCGCACACCGACUUGGACACGGUCACCUCUUUCAUCGCAACCACCACCUCCUCCUGUCUUUGUCGUAUCGAAUCAAACUCUGGCUUGGUUCCUACGCGCAGUAAUCGAAGUCUGGGCUGGUCCCAGCUCGACACCUUCGCCAACAUGCAGUCGUCCGCAUACGCACCCAGCACACCCGACUCGCGCACACGCGCAAAGGUGCGCAUGGACGCCGUCACAUCGCCAUCGCAUGCCUCCAGCUCUGUCUCGCAUAGCUCUUCAUCCUCCAUGCUUGGCUUUCCCAUCCCGACGGACCUUUUACUAGGACUGCUCCUCAACAAGACCCUCCUUGCCUCGGCAGCUUUGCUCUUACGCACAUGGCUCACAUCUUCGCAUCGCGAAUCAAUACACUCGCAGCUAUCUUCGGUCGAUGAUAAUACAGCCUCAUCAACAGGCAGCGUCUCGAGCGGCACCACUUCUUGGGCUAUAGCCACCUUCGCCUUCCUCAUCGCCGCUGUUGUACAGGCGAUAUGGUUCAAAGCGUGGCAGUGGUUACCAGCCGUCAAACGAGUCGACAAGCGCAGACUCUGCACACUGGCUGCCAUCACAUUUGCGCAGCUGCUCGUCUGGCUCAUGGCUUUGCGAAAGCUCGAUGCGGUCAACGUCAUCAUCUUUACUCAGUACUGCGAGAUUUGGGCCGUCGACCUCGCAAAGAGCCUCGGAGGUCGUAGCUACGGCGGCUACACCACCCUCUUUGCUCUCGCCGUCUCGUUCCUUUCUUCCAUCUCCAACGCUGCUUCACCGAUGUCCGCAUCCACCGAAUACUCGGCUCACCUUCUCGAUAUGUAUGCAGACGCCGACCUGCCGGACAGCCUGAGGAGGAAUCGACCAGCAGGACUUGCAUCGCCGUCCCAGCUUCGUGCUGUCUCAGCCGCCGUUGACGCCUCGGCAGCCAAUUUCAGCGUGUUCGGCACUCUCACAGGUCACAUCUACCUCCUCAUCUUUGCGCUUCUUACGAUAGAAAGGGAGAGCGCGCUUUUGAGCGCAAGCAGAGACACUGGCGGUCGACGCAGAGCAGGCAUCGUGGCCACCAUCGUCGCUUCCGCAUUCACGCUGCCCGCAUCGCUGUUCCUUCGCGUCUUCGGCUUCUCGACUUUCCCGCCCCUCUCAACACUUAUCCCUUCCUCUUCAACCAGCGCUGGCUCUGCAAGUUUGAGCCACCUGCCUGCGUACCUUGCCAUCAGCUUUGGCUUCCUCAUCCUCGAGCCGCUCAUCGCCACCUCUAUCGAGUCUCAUGCUUCCACCAAGGAUCGCGUGGCACAUGGCUGGCCCAUCGCCAUCCUCGCCUCUUUUGCCAUUGGCUUUGUCGGCUUCGGCUUCAAGCCGCUCUGGUCGCAGCUCGCCGUCGCUCUGCUCGUCGGUCAAGCCCUUCGUACCAUCCUCAAGAACUCGCCCGAUCACAUUUCGUCUCGCUUCAGCUCGUCUUCACCGAGCAAAGCAGAUACACCGCAUGGAAGCGUAGCGACUGCCCCUUCCUCAGAUGUCUCUGCCAUACAGGAACUCGUAGACUCUUUCAAGUCGGGCGUUGCCGCCUCGAGGCGCACCGUCAAGAUCAUUAUGGCCAACCCAGACUCGCGCAAGAUCUUCCAAUUUCUCCUGCUCAACCUCGCUUUCAUGGGUGUGCAGCUGCUGUGGGGAGUGUGGACCAACAGUCUCGGUCUCAUCAGUGACGCCAUCCACAUGUUUUUCGACUGCGCUGCCAUCGGCAUGGGCUUAUUUGCCAGCGUAAUGGCUACCUGGCCAACCGACUCGACGUUCACCUACGGCUACGGCAGGGUCGAGACGCUCAGCGGGUUUGCCAACGGCAUCUUUCUCAUCCUCAUCUCGAUCUUCAUUGUCUUUGAGGCCGUACAGCGGAUCAUUGAGCCGCCGGUGAUGCACAACAAUACCCAGUUGCUUAUCGUCAGCAGUAUGGGGCUUGGUGUCAAUCUGUUCGGGAUGUGGGCGACGGGUGGGCAUCAUCAUCAUGGCCACGGUCACUCUCACGGUCACGGCCAUGAUCACGGGCACGGGCACGGUCACGACCACGGGCAUGGACACUCGCACAACAUGAUGGGCGUCUACCUGCACGUCAUGGCCGACACGCUCGGUUCCGUCGGCGUCAUCAUCAGCACCUUGCUCAUCGGGCAGUUUGGAUGGACCGGGUUCGACCCCAUCGCAUCGCUCUUCAUUGCGUUUAUGAUUGUCGGCUCGGUGAUUCCGUUGGUGCUCGAGUCGGGUAGGAUCCUUUGCCUGGAAGUGGGUGAGCAUCGCGAGACAGAGAUGACCGAGGCGUUGGAUGCGCUGCGCAGCAUCGAGGGAGUUGUGUCGUACCACUCGCCGCGGUUUUGGCCGAAGGAUGCCGAGACGUUGGUAGGGGUGAUUCGUGUGCAGGUCAUGUGGCCCAUCGCUACGGAUGGUGAACAUGGAGCUCAUCAUCACGAUCACGAUCACAGCCAUGAUCACACCCACGGACACGUGCAUGAUCACAGCCACGAUCACAGCCACGACCACGGUCAUCGCCACGACCACGCCAGCGAACAAAGCAACGGCACAGCAGCAUCCCUCUCCUCAGCCACAACACCAGAAGCCAUCGGGAGAAAGAUCGAGAACCUGCUCAAAUCACGCAUACACGGCCUGGAAAGUGUCGCGGUACAGCUGGAAAAGGUCGCUGGAAGCGAUUCGCCCUCGAACGCGGGAAUGACAGGUACCCCCAUGUCGGCUUCGCCCUCUUACAGCAGCAUGUACGACGCAAGUCCGACAGCGGUGCGUGGCAAUAGCGGUGCGCAAAGGUUGUCCCCCGUCACUGCGCAUCGACACUCUCACCAUCAUCAUCACCAUCAUUAG